CUUUAAGUAAGACUGCAGAUUAAUUAAAACGCAGUCAAUUUAAUUUCCCGACAUCAUAUAUAAAUUCACAGUGAUAAUUGAAUCCCCUUACUGGACCUUUUAUGUGGCGUCCCAGCAAACUUACAAGCACAGAUCCUCAUCAGUUAGCAACGCCGGCAGUCAAAAGGAGAGGAAAGGUGAACGAUCAGUCGUCUGUUUCAGACCCUCUCAGCACAGCAGAGUUUGAAUCUGUUUUUCUUUUUUCUGUUUGCUGAAAGAGCCGGGAAUUGGAUGACUGAUCAAUACUAUUGGAUUUGUGGAUGGCAUGUGGUGCAGCCGAGUCCAGCGUGAACGCACGGUUCUGAUGAAGGCCCGCUAUGGAGACGGACAGCUUUGAAUAGUGGAUCCGACAUGUUGCCAGGGUGGAGCUCUCAUUCUGAUAACGCAGACAUAAGGAGCUAAACUCUGUAGCGUCUGAGCUGGCGGGGCGACAAGAGGAGAGCGAGCAUUCCCACAAGCACCUGAUCGAGCUGAGCAGGGAGUUCAAGAGAAAUGUCCCCGAGGAAGUCCGGGAGAUGGUGGCACCUGUUCUCAAGAGCUUCCAAGCCCAGGUGGUUGCUCUGAACAAGCGCAGUAAGGAGGCCGAGUCUGCUUUCCUGGGAAUCUACAAACAGCUUAUCGAGGCCCCAGACCCGUCUCCUGUGCUGGAGGCCUCACACACACUGGAGGAGAGGCUGCAGCAGCUUCAGGGUUCAGCCCCCGACACUGAGGCCCUGCUCCGAGAAAUCAACCGGCACUGGAAAAAACACCUGCAGUGCCUUAACAAGACAGACCCCGCAGAGGACGGAGCUGCAGUACCAGGAAUCCCAGUGACAACACAGGUCCCAGCAUCCAGCUCUCCAGCCUCCCUCAUGACCCCCAAUAGCACCCCAGCUCCCAGAGCCCCAGGGUCCCCACAGCAGAGCUACCAGGACCAGACUGAAGACCUGGGGGAGCAGAAAGCUGACGUUAGUUUGGCUGACGGACUGUUGGAGGCAGAGGAGAAGAUCAAGGUUCUGCAUGCAUCAUUGAACACGGCGCAGACGGAGCUGCUGGACCUGCGGUGCAAAUACAACCAGGACAUGACAAAAAAGGCAGAGGAGGUCGAUGCCAUUGUGGUGAAUCUUGAGAAGGCAAACCAGAGAGCAGAAAUGGCCCAGAGAGAAGUGGAGCAGCUGAAGGAGCAGCUCGCCGGUGGCCAGACUACAGCAAACGGUCCUUCAGCAGAGGGCGCUAAUCGGGAGAAGGAGAAGGGCGAGGUGUUGCCCUCCCAGCUGGAGGCUGCACUGCUGGCUAAAGAUCGUGAAAUCCUUCGGCUUCUGGAGAACAUCCAGCGGCUGCAGUUCACCCUACAGGAAGUUCAGGAGACCUCAGCCAAUCAGAUCCUCGAGCUGGAACACCAGCUGACCUUCAAGACAGAAGCUAUUGAGAGAUUAGAAAGCAAACUGCAAUCCCAGAUGGACUAUGAAGAGAUUAAAACUGAACUCAGUAUCUUGAAGGUCAUGAAGCUAGCUUCAGCAAAUGGCAGUUCAUCCCGGGAUUCUGCAAAAGCUGCAGAGGCUCUUUUGUUGGAUAAAGAGACGUUCCUGCCAUCUCACAAGUACCUGGUGGAGAAAGCCCGCAUUUUGCACAGCAAUGAUGAUGACCACAGUGAGGAUGCAGGUAGGGAAGCAGGCAGGCCUCCAGGUUCCCACUCAUCUACCUUUCAGGCAGAUGGCCGUACCUCCCCGAGCUCUGGUCCUGCCACCCUUGAUGGAUCAUCUUCAAGCCACGAUCUUCCCCGUCCCUUCUCUUUGUCACCGUGUUCUGUGGACCGACUGUCAGGAGACCACAUCCUUCACAAGCAGCUCCUCUCACCACACUUUAAAAAAGAGGCCGGUGGCCUCAUGGCCUUCCCUACUGCCCUCUAUGCAGCCAAAGUCGCCCUCAUGUCAACCAGUCAAGGCCCUGUGGCUGCAGGAAACAUUGACGCUGGCUUGCCUAAUGACCAGUCAGAAAGCGGCAGCUCGACGGCAGGCGGCGACGACCAACUGGACACAGCAGAGAUCGCCUUCCAAGUGAAAGAGCAGCUGUUGAAGCACAAUAUCGGUCAGCGAGUGUUCGGCCAUUAUGUGCUGGGCCUCUCCCAAGGCUCGGUCAGCGAGAUCCUAGCCCGGCCCAAACCUUGGAGGAAGCUGACGGUGAAAGGCAAAGAACCUUUUAUUAAGAUGAAACAGUUCCUCUCGGAUGAACAGAACAUCCUGGCUCUGAGGACAAUUCAAGUCCGCCAGAGAGGGAGCAUCACUCCGCGCAUCCGAACUCCUGAAACUGGGUCAGAUGACGCUAUUAGGAAUAUCCUGGAGCAGGCCAAGAAGGAGAUCCAGUCCCAGAGGGGAGGUGAGGGUAAGUCAUCUCUGAACAGCUCAUCGGGCAGAAGCAGUAAUGGCACAGGUAGCAGCUCUGAUGAAACCAUUAAGAGCAUUCUUGAACAGGCCAGGAGAGAGAUGGAGGCCCAGCAGCAUGCCCUGAUGGAGAUGGAGGCCUGUGGAAGGGCUUCCACUGCCAGCACAGGAGCUCAGGUGGAACGUCUCGGCCCCCCCGAGCGCUCUAGGGGUCUACCUUUACCCAUUUCUAUCAAACAGGAAGAAGAGGGUUGUGUUACUGUGUGCUUGGCUAAUUCCACCAGCAGCCCCCAGACGCCCAUCAGUGUCCUUUCUCCAGCUGCCUUUGUCCAGAACAUCAUCCGCAAAGUUAAAUCAGAGAUUGGUGAAGCAGGCACCUACUUUGACCAGCACUGGUCUCAGGAGCGAGGAUCCAUGGGUCUUAGUGGUAUUGGUAGCUCUCGGCCCUUCAAUUCUGUCUCUCCCUCCUUGUCUUCUUCAUCUUCUGGACCUUCUACGUUGCCUCGUGCCUGGCCCCGUCUAGAGAACGGUGACGGUCUCUUCAAUAGUGAGGAGGCGUCUGGUGCCGAGGACGAGGUGGGACUGGGUCGACCUGUUGAGGUGAAGGUGGAGUCAGACACAUCAGUUAGCGGUGAGUCUCCGGGACCUGGACCUGGAAGGCUUUCGUACUACCCAGCAUACAUCCCCCGUGCUCUCAAGCCCACUGUGCCCCCCCUGACUCCAGAGCAGUAUGAGAUGUACAUGUACCGAGAGGUGGACACCAUCGAACUGACGAGGCAGGUGAAGGAGAAGCUGGCGAAGAACGGAAUCUGUCAGAGGAUUUUUGGUGAAAAGGUUCUGGGGCUUUCUCAGGGCAGCGUGAGUGACAUGUUGUCCCGGCCCAAACCCUGGAGCAAGUUGACCCAGAAAGGCAGGGAACCCUUCAUCCGUAUGCAGCUGUGGCUCCUGGACCAGCUUGGACAGAGCCUGAACCAGCCUCCGAACCAGGUCCACAUUCAGGAUAAGAGCCCAGUGACGGCCCACUCGUCACCCUCACCGCCCACGAGCCCGGCGGACAGCCAUCCGAGUCCACUGGUUGAACCAGUCAGCCUUUCCCUCGAGAGCAGCAAGGAGAACCAGCAGCCUGAGGGUCUGGGACUGGGGCUUCACCCCUAUCCAGAGGGAGGAAAGUCCACUCCCAGUCUCAUCGCCCUGCACCAGCCCACAAACCCACUGGGCAUCCAGGAACUGGUGGCCAUGUCCCCAGAGCUGGACACUUACGCUGUCACCAAGAAGGUCAAAGAGGUGCUAACGGACAACAACCUAGGCCAGCGUCUUUUUGGGGAGACCAUCUUGGGUUUGACUCAAGGUUCAGUGUCUGACCUGUUGUCCAGGCCCAAACCAUGGCACAAACUCAGCCUGAAAGGACGGGAGCCUUUUGUUCGCAUGCAGCUAUGGCUCAACGAUCCUCACAAUGUAGACAAGCUGAGGGCCAUGAAGAAGAUGGAGAAGAAAGCUUAUCUGAAGAGGCGGUACGGGCUGCUGAGCACCGGCUCGGACAGUGACUCGCCCAGCACUCGUUCUGAGUGUGUGAGUCCGACGUUGGGGUCGCUGGACCUGUGUCCUUACAGCCAGGUGAAGAAGCCUCGGGUGGUGCUGGGCACUGAAGAGAAAGAAACCCUGAGGAAGGCCUACGUCAUGGAGCCUUACCCCUCUCAGAACACCAUCGAGAUGCUGGCGUCCCAGCUCAACCUCAAAACCAACACCGUCAUCAACUGGUUCCACAACUACAGGUCCAGGAUGCGACGGGAGGUGUUGAUGGAGGGUCUCCCAGACAAUGACACAGACACGGAACACCACAGCUACUCGCCCUCAGACACCCGGAGUCCCCACUCUGACGGAGAGGACAGGAGGCUGCAGCAGGCCUCCGGACACGCCCACGCCGCUCCUCCUCUCAGCGCUGCACUGCCUCGUGUCAAACAGGAGGCCAUGGACGGGGAGGGCAGCGGAGAAGAGGGGAGGGAGGGCUCCCAGAAACAGACAAGAGUCCAAAGUUUUUCCACAGCGGGACAGUUCCAGCAGAGGAAAAGUGAGCAUGAGGACUCCAGCGCUGCUUGUCAUGAAUCCAACUCAGCUGCCCAGAAGCUGAGGCAGGACGAGGGCGUGAGCAGCCAGGUUCAGGGGCUCUGCACCGGUGCGCUCUCCAUAGACGGCCUACAGAGAACAAGCCAGUCUAGACACGAGGAAGAAGACUCUGGCAAGUCGCCCAUCGACCCGGUGAGCUUCAAGGCUUCAUCGGAGCCAUGCCGCAGCAGCCUGGAGGUCUCCCUCAACUCCCCGUCUGCUGCCUCCUCCCCUGGUCUCAUGAUGUCAGUCUCUCCGGUCCCUUCUUCCUCCGCCCCCAUAUCGCCCUCCAUGCCCAACCCGCCCCCAUCGAGCACCAAUCACAGCCUGGACCCAAACCCGCUCCCGCCUUUCCAAAGCCCCAAACUUAACAGGAGCACUCAGAGACGCAACGAGAAAAUGGCAAACCUCAAUAACAUCAUCCACAGGUUGGAGAGGGCGGCCAAUCGAGAGGAGACCCUGGAGUGGGAGUUUUAAAUCUGUACGUACUUAAAUCCAGUCCUGAUGAUCCCCAACAGAAGUUUCCAGAAAUCAUGGAACAGCACGUAACUCCCCAAGGCCUGAAAACUCACAGGAACUGGUGGGAAGUCGGCGCUAAACAUGAGGCUAAAUUUCCUACAAAACUGAAUAGAGCUGAAAAAAAUUUAUAAAUAUGUAUUUGUUUUCCUUCUUCUUCUUCUUUUUUUUUUGAUAAUGCAUACUACUUUUAAAUAUAUGCGACAGCACUAGCUGUUCUUUUACCUAUUGGACUUGACAUGAAGACUGUUGCAGCUACAGUGUCAUAAAAUGUACACUGAUGUUCUGUAGAUUGCCACUGGGUGAGAUUAAAAAAACAAAAAAUAAACAAACAAAAAAAAAAAGACCCCUGUCUUAAGCCAUUAAAAGCACUAUAACUAUUUGAAAAAAGACACUGACCAAAA